CUGUCACUAGAACUAAGGAAGAGAAAAUCACACAGUCUGGGGAGGUAUAAGCAACUUGUGUAACAGAAAGGAGGUUAAAGCCUAUAGCAUUUCAGGGUAGGCCUGAGGGAGAAGUCCAAAGAGAUGAUUUUGAUCCAAGACGUGGGGAGAAAUAGCUAGUAAGAAAUACAGUUUUCCCUUCAUUCUUGCCUUGCGGACAGACAAAAUACCUGGUGCUGCGGCAGCCAUCUUGCGAUAGUGAAGUAAUAAACGUGAGAAAGAAGCCAGUGGUGCAGGAAAGACAAGGGGCUCAUGGGAACUAGGACUUGUGAUUUGGGGGCGGGACCAGAGCCAGGUAUACUUCCUCUUGGAUUUCCUUGUUAGAGAAAAGCAAUGCCAUAUUUGUUCAGACCAUUAACAAGGGAUUCUUGCAGAAGAACACAUUGCUAAAGAGUAACUUUCAUUGUUUUUAAUUAUUAUAGCUAUAGAUAGAUGUAGAUAUAUAGAUAUUUAAAGAAUCUCUGCAUGUGGGCUUCUUCUAUUUCUCCAGAAAGGAAGUGGGACAUUUAUAAAUGCUCAGCUACUUAGUCUUCAUGGACACUGAGAAAAGUCAGGACAUAUCCUGAAAAGAUAUCAUCAGGAAAUUUACUCUCUAGCAAUGUGGGGGAAUUUUUAGGGUCAUAGCUGUCACCUUGACUUUUGUUUAUUUUUAUUUUUUUGAGACAAUAUCUCAUUAUGUUGCACAGGCUGGUCUCAUACUGCUGGUUUCAAGUGAUCCUCCUGCCUCAGCCUCAUGAGUACCUAGGGGUACAGAUAAACAACCACUGUGCCUGGGCUUACCUCGACUUUUAAAGGCCCAGUUUCUUCCUUAUGUCUAUUCUUCACAGCACUUCUUCUUUUUUGUGUGUGUGUCAGGAAUCGAACUCAGGACCUUGCGCUUGUCGGGCAGGUGCUUGUGCUACUGAGCUAUAUCCCUGGCCCUCUUCACAGCGCUUCUCUCUGGGAUUCCAUACGUGUAAGAUUAUGUGUCUUCUCUAGUAGAAUGUAAGCUCCACAAGACAGCAGGGCUGUGACUAUUUCCAUCCACCAGGGCUUGACAAAGAGGUGGAGCAUAGCGCAUGUUUGAUGAAUGAAGGAAUGAAUGAAUGCAGACUAAGUGGAGAGGAAACCCUGGAAGUCACACUCUGGCUGGCAGAAAAGUGCUAGAGCAAGAUCUAUUGAAAGGCAGAGAGGAAACAGGAGCCAAGACAGGACUGAACAGGAAUGAAGAUGCAACCCUCUUGGGAAAGGCAAGGGGAGCUGGAGAGCAGCCAGUCAUUGGUUUCCGGCAAUGUGUAGGGCAGUCAGGAACUGGGAAGCCAGUGUGUAGAUGCUCAGAAGGGCAGGAAAUAAAAUGACUUCAAGGCAGAAGUCUGGUUGGGACCACAAGGCAGCAGCGGGCGGAAAGAUCCCAACUCCCUGAGCCCCCACCCAGCCCUGGGCUGGCUGGCAGAUCUGUUCAAGAUCAGAAUUCUGACAGCACGAGAAAGGAGGCUGCCAGCUUCUUACGCCAAUUUAUGGUUGCCCGAGCUAACAAGAAAUAUGAAUGUAAUUCUGUGCAAAGAGCUCCAGGCUUGUGCUCUGAUAUUUCCAGAAGGGCCCAGAGAGACGGAGAGUCCAUCAGCUCGGGGCUCUCUGGGUAGUUAAGCCCUUGGGGAAAUGAAGUGGGGAAGCUCUGUGGCCAGUGGCUGAGGUGGCAGUGGUGCAGCCUUCUGAAGGCCCUGUGGCCCCGGUGACUCCUCCAGAACCAGGGCCUCAGAGAACCAGGAAUUUUUCCAGUCAUCCAGCUAACUUGUGGUGAGGCUGACACUUGAACUCAUGUCUGACCUAAUAAUGUGCCGUCCAAAAGACAAACUCCCAGAAUGUCGGUGCUCUCAGGAAGUCGGCAAUUCCCAGGUCCACACUGAUUCGCUUACACCUGCCUGGGUGCAGGAAGGACUCAGUUACAUUUGUAACUUGAUUAUUGCAAGUCACAUCCUAAAGGUAUUUUGCCUUUGUCUCCCCACAACGUCUAGCCCCUCUCUCCCUGACAGCUAAAAAUCUCCCACCUUCUCCAACCUCCCCAGCAUCAUCUGGCCUCACGGUGCUGGGCCCCAGAACCCCAGGGAGCCUCCUGACAGGACAUGGCACAGAGCCUAACGCCACCAUGGCAGUUUCCCUGCCACUUCCUCCCAGCUGUCAGAGGGCAUCCAUCACCCCUGCCUGCUUCCUGCCAGGCUGCCCUGAAGGACACAGCAACCUGAGCCCCCACCUCAACCUUGUUACUCUGGAGAAGGUAGAGAGGCCAGCGCAACAGUCUUCAGAGUCUGCGUGGCACAGACCGACUCUGGGCCGAGGUAGCUCUGCGAUCUUGUGGAAGUCACUCUCUCUGAGGCUCCAGGUUCUUAUCCAUAAAGCAAGGACUGGACUGGGCGGGGGAGGUCACCAUGCGGUUCAUGGGACUCCAGGCUUUGGAGAAGGGCUUCAGAGUUUUGGGUGUAGGUGCAUGGGUUCUUCCCAAGAGCAGGCUCAGGGCUUUUUCUCAAAGGUAACCUCAGGAUCCUGCAGGGGCCUCACCAACCGCGGAUGGUUAUCCAGUUGGAAACUCCUCCCUUCCCCUUUCUCUGCCCGCGACCCCCACAAACUUUUACAAAGAACAAUAUUAUCGCCCCAGCUUUGCUCCUUCCCCUCUGCAGCCCCUCUCUCUGGGAGGCUCUUCAGACAGGAAGUUACUCAAAGGAAGGCGAGAGGAGGGGACAUUGGCUCAAAGAGAAGAGCCGCAUCCUGCUUGGCCGCUGGGACAGGCUGUGAGCACCUGCAGGGCCAGCCCUGCCCUUCUCAGUCACCAGGUGCCAUGGAGGGUGUGAAGCUGACUCAGUCACAGACCUCGUCCUCGGGGGCCCCACCGCCUGGCAGGAAGGUGAAACACAUCUGCAGGAAGCAGUGCCCAGCGCAGGCCGCAAUGCAAAGGCGCUGUGUGACGGGGCUCGAGAGAGGGAGACCUGACCGCAGAGACUUAUUGAAAAGAGGGCUUGGAAGAAGCGGAGACUUUAGCAUAGCGUGGAGGAACAGUGAAUGGGCAUCCACGGCCACUGACUCAGAAAGCAGCUGUUCCAGAGUGAAGGGAAGAGCGAGGCUGGAGGAACCUCCUCUGCUAUAUUUCUGCUGUAACUCCUCAGGAUCAUCACCCACUCCUUUUGCCGCAGUUGGAGAAGUAGGAGAACCCCAGUAAUGCCUAAGACUGAACGUUCCUGGCAUCCCGACAGGCUGGGAUCUCACAGCCCACUUCAAUUGGGUUUAAAGAAUCUAACAAAAUAUAUUUCUUGUCUGCCCGUAUUGUGGCUACAAGCACGUUCCCAGAAACAUGGGGAAAAGUGUGUGGUGGAUUUUAAAAUGUCUUUUUAUUUUAAAGAAACAAGUUGGAAUAAAAAUUAGUUUGAUUCCUUUUAUAAACUAAGGACAAAAAAAGAAUCUUGUACAGUCAGCAGUUGUUUUUUUUUUACCCAGAGAUGCUGUCUGAAAGGCCGUGCAAGGGAACAAAGGAAAGGACAUAGCUAAUCAGAUUUCAAAAGGUCAAACAAGGUAGUCAUGUACCCAUGCCCUCCUCAACCAUAGACCUUUGAUUUCUUAUUAGAAAUUCUUCCCUAUCUUCAAAGCAAGUAAGUAGAACUCUUUCACAUUACAUUACCUAUUGCUUAUGUAGAAGGUGAAUGAGCCAAUCUGUAUAGAAAUUAUAAAGAUAGUAAAGCGCCUCUGGCCGUUUCUAACUGACACAUAAAGCAAAGCUCUGCUGGUGCCUCCUCAUCCCCUCUCUAGGGCAGCUGGCCAGGAGGGCGCCCCUGUAGAUCAAAUGAAGCAGUUUAG